ACGAAAAAAAGAAGACAACGCGACAGCAACAAAAGCCAAACGAAAGGUGACGACGCAAGCAAACGAGAAAAAUUUAAUUAAGAUACAAACAAGUCUUUGAAACCGACGACGCCGCCACCACCACCGCCAUGUCAUGUCGCGCCACCUUUCAACCGGACGAUCAGUACGAGUCGUUACGUCGCCCCAAUUUGGACGCAGCAGCAGGCUCCUCUACAGCUGGGGCGCCAUCCCAUCUGGCUUCCUUACCUAUGGAGCCACAUGCUCAACUGUAUGGCGACUUUGCGGCUCCAGGAUCCGUUGCCUAUCAGGCUUCCGGUUAUGCACCCAGCCCAGCUGUGGGGUACCCUAAUCCUAUCGUUCAAGCCCAAGUGCCACUAGUGGCUGAAGUGGCAGGCGGCUACUCGCAAUCUAAGCUCUCGGCCAGUGCGACCGCUUUCGUGCCAAACCAGGCGGCCAAUGUGGGUGGAAAACGUGGUCCGACACAGCAGCAGCUGCCUCAGCAAUAUCAGCAUCAAGCACAAUCGCAUUCACAGCAACAUUGCUAUGUAAAUGGCUAUAAACAACAGCAACAUUAUAAUCAUCAUCACCAGCAGCAACAGCAGCAAUAUAAUAAUGGUAUUCAACAGCUAUCAAAUUCGGUACAGGCACGUUUGCAUAUUAGCAACAAGCAGCAGCAGGCUCAUAAUGGCGGUGCGGGCAAUUACUAUCAGCAACAGCAGGUACAACACCAACGUCAUACACCACACCAGCAACAACAACACCAGCAGCAGCAACACAAAUUCCAUCGUCAUGCUCAUCUUAAUAAUUCAUUACAACAACUACAGCAGCAGCAGCAACAGCAGCAGUAUUUCCAUACUCAAUCGCAGUCACAUCAGCAGCAGGCACAGCCGCAACCAUCAACUUCAUCGGCUUCAGCAGCCUCUUCGUCGGCCAAUUCACAUCCGGACAUGCAAACCAUUGCGCUGGAAUAUCUCGAUACUGUCAUUCAUUGCCUUAAUCAGAAUCCUGGCCAAUUCGAUAAAAUUGCAUCGCGCUUCCUAACCAUAUUUGAUGGUAUGGAGAACAAUAACUAUGUGUUGUCGAUUGCCAUGGAGGAUAUAUUUGAGAAAUCGAUUGAGCAACCCAAUUUCCGUUAUAUGGGCGCCAAAUUGUACAAUCUAUUGCAUAUGUUGAAUCUCAAGCCGGACUCGUUGUUCCAUACGCUGCUCAAGUGUAAGCUUGUUUAUCAUCAGGCCGAGGUGGCCAAGUACAUGAAAUCCACGGAGCAACAGCAGAAGGUUCGGGAGACGGCUCUUUUCUUGGCUGAGUUAUAUAUGCAGCUCCGUGGCGAUGAUGCACGUAUAACACUUAUUGCCGAGAACAUUGUGUACUCUUUGAGUCAGUUGAUGGAUCGCGAAUCUGCCGAGAAUGUGCGUUGCAUUUGUCAGACUCUGAAGCUUGCUGGAUAUGACUUAAGUGUCGAUUGUCCUCAGGAUAUGCAGAGUAUCAUUUCAUCAUUGCAAGCGGUCGAGGCAAAGGCGCCAGGUAAAUAUCCCAUGGCCGCUAGUGUAAUUGCCUUGCAGCAGAACAACUGGGGCCGUAAGGUGUCCAAUGCUCUUGGUGGCGAUGAUGAUUCUGUGGCUAAGCCCCCGGAGCCGCCACGUUUGAGUGACGAACCGGUGUUUUAUGGCCCGGAUGGACGUGAGCUGACUGCUGAGGAAACCGAUUUUUUGGCCGCCGAGGAUGAUGCUGGAAGUGAUGCCGACGAUUACGAUGAUGUACGCGAUGGUGACUUAGAUCUCGAUCCCGAAAUGGAUGAGGAAUCUGAGCGCGCGUAUAAAGAUUUUUGUAAGCAAAAUAACCAACAGCUGAAUAAGAAAUCUUAGAAGACAGUGAGACGAAGGCUUGUUGUUGGCAUGGGCGUGGCAGUUUAGGUGUGCAAAUUAUACAUACAAUUAUAAAAAUUAAAAAAAAAAGCAAUUUUACAACGUCGGCAAAAAUAAUACUUGUGAAUGAUUUGCGCAUUUAUUGAUUAUUGAGAAGAAUUUAUAAUUAUUUAUGGUUUUUAAAUGUUCAUUGACAAAUUAUUUGUGAUAUUUGCGUUCUGUGCUUCUAUUUACUUAUAUAUCAAUUUAAAAUUGUCGUCUAUAAUGUGAUAACACACUAUAUAUUUAAAUAGUGCCCGCACAUUAAGCAGCAGUCCUUGUUCCUCACGAGCUUUUUAAAACUUAAACAUUUCUCCUUUUUCUACAAAGGAAAAAACAUUUUAAUAACUUUAUGCCACUGCCACGUCCAUGUUUAUCAACACGGCCGCAUCUAGAGACUCAUGCACACUUACAUUAUAGAAUUCAUAAAUGCAACAAAUCACAAUUUUGCAUUCGAUUAUUAAAUAAAAAAAGCAUUCUCUUGUUUGCGUUUUCAAAAACGCCCAAUUAUAAACGAUCAUAUGCAUCUUCAAUAAAAAUAAUAAUAAUAAAAAAAAACAGCCGUUGCUGCACGCUUAAUUUUU